CCAACAUCCGGCCGGUAGGGCUUAACUGAGCUCUUUUUAUGUUUUAUUUUUAUACUACCGGUCCCUAUUACUAGUGUGAAGUGGAAGUUAAGUGGAGUGAACGUAUCCCAAUUGGGUUUCACACGAUGACAACAGGUGAACGGUGAAUCGAGUCCAUAUUUGACGUUUAUUGGUGGUUUGUGUACAAUGGAUUACUGUGGAAUGAGAUAGAAUAUUGUAGAAUAGGACGAAAUAAUAAUGACUUAACCAAAGGACAAACCACUGAUAGCUGUCAAACGAUGUUCAUCCAGUUUGUGUUGUGAGGAUGUAUCGUUUGGGACCUGGUGGGUGGGAUGAUGUGUGAGUGAAGUGUAAGAGUAACUACAUGCAAGAAUGGUAAUAAAGGCCACUGUUUCAGCUCAGGAUUAGCGAUCGACCAUUAGAAGAGAUAGAAAUUGGGUAAUGGCACCCCCAUUUAUCUCAAAUCCAUUAGUCAUUUCAUAUAAGAGAACCAUUAGUUAUAGUGAGAUCUGUUAUCUCUGUUUGAUUGAUUAAUUUCAGAAGUAACAUGAAUUUUGGAGCAUUUUGCUUCGCUAAAACAGCAGUAUUGAACCACUUCCGAACUACUGCUAUGCGUUAUUGCUUCUUAGAGACAAGGCAAAGACUUUGUAUUUAUCACAAUUCAUUUAUUAAAAGUCGAGAUCGCUAAAAUAACAUGGUGACUCUACUAAUGAGAUGACUAUUGGCACAGUAACAGAUCGGCUGAAAAGUUCGUAUCGUUUCUAUGAGAGGGCGCCACUAGAAUUAAAUCCAUACCAUUUUCAGUUAGUACCAACCUUCAAAAGAUACGUGUAUAAAUUUGACAGCUGUCUGAUUAUUAGUUUGUGAGAUAUUGCAUUUUGAGUGAAGCUACUUUUGUAAUUGUGAAAAAAUGGAAAAAAAGGAAUCUCGUGUGUUGAUGAAACACUACUUUUCGAUGAAAAAAAGUGCCGCCGAUACCAAAAUAUGGCUUGAUGAGAGUUAUCUAGACUCUGCACCGGGCGAAGCAACAAUUCGUAAGUGGUUUGCAAAAUUUCGUACUGGUCAUAUGAGCACCGAAGACGAUGAACGCAGUGGACGUCCAAAAAAGGCUGUUACCGAUGAAAACGUGAAAAAAUUCACAAAAUGAUUUUCAAUGACCGUAAAGUGAAGUUGAUCGAGAUAGCUGACACCCUAAAGAUAUCAAAGGAACGUGUUGGACAUAUUAUUCACGAAUAUUUGGAUAUGAGAAAACUUUGUGCAAAAUGGGUGCCGCGUGAGCUCACAAUCGAUCAAAAACAACAACGAAUUGAUGAUUCUGAGCAGUGUUUGGAGCUAUUAUAUCGAAAUAAAACCGAUUUUUUCCGUCGAUAUAUAACAAUGGACGAAACAUGGCUCCAUCACUUCACUCCGGAGUCCAAUCGACAGUCAGCUGAGUGGACUGCACGCGAUGAACCGAACCCAAAGCGUGGAAAGACUCAACAAUCGGCCGGUAACCAUCAACAGUGACAAUUUUAUAGCGUUAUUAGAGCGUUUGAAGGACGAAAUUUCAAAAAACGGCCUCAUUUGAAGAAGAAAAAAGUUUUGUUUCAUCAAGACAAUGCACCGUGUCACAAGUCGAUGAAAACCAUGUUGAAAUUGAAAGAAUUGGGCUUUGAAUUGCUCUCUCAUCCACCGUAUUCUCCAGAUUUGCCCCCCAGUGACUUUUUCCUGUUCUCAGACCUCAAGAGAAUGCUCGCUGGUAAAAAAAUUAGAAGCAAUGAAGAGAUAAUCGCUGAAACUGAGGCCUAUUUUGAGGCAAAGGACAAAUCGUACUACAAAAAUGGUAUCGAAAAGUUGGAAGAUCGCUAUAAUCGCUGUAUCGCCUCUGAUGGCAAUUAUGUUGAAUUAUAAAAACGAAUUUUGGCAAAAAAUGUGUGUUUCUAUUAAACGAUACGAACUUUUCAGCCGAACUCUUAGUUUUAGUUAGGAUCUAUCAGAGUAGAAAUAGUAACUCAAUGUUGUAAUGGUUGCGUGUGGAAUACAUGUGGGUAGGUAUGCAUGUGUGUAUGUUUGUGACUGUGUGUGUAUGUAUGUGUUUUUGUGUGUAUAUACAUUAUACAUUUUACCGUUCCUUUGAGUGCGUUGUACCAAAUUGGUAGUGAUGCAUUUCGAUUGUGGGUCAGUGUACACCAGAUGCUCAAAAGUGCCUGACCGGAUGGUAACACUGUCAAGGAUCAACCGAAGACAACUAAAUGUGAACAUGCUGUAGCAAUACUUAUGGGACCCAAGUGUCAAUAUAAUUUAAAUAAAAAUGCAUGUUCUCAGUUUUUUCUGUCAAACCAUCAUGACCGGCCAUACAAAGAUGUCAUUGAAAAAACACUAAUCCUUUUUUGUCUCUUUUUUUCGGAAAUGGAUGACUGAGCAUGAACAAGAAAUCCGGAAUAAAGAAUAAGAUACUCAAGAAAAGCAGGAACAAAUGUGAUAGAUGUGGAACUGAAAAUUGGAAAAUAAUUUAAUUAAUAUUCUUAGGAAAUCUUAGAUACAAAGGAAAUCUUAGAUACAAAAUGGUAAGAAUAAAAACACCACUGCAUACAACUAACUUUUACAUUUCAGGGAAUAAAAUAACAUCAGCGAAAGUACGGAAUGGAAAUAAAAUAGAAGGACAACAAAAAACACUUACGAAACACAAUUGAAUAGAACACUGGAAUUAAGGUAAAACAGAAUAUAAACUAUGACCAAAGGUAAGAAAACCAACAUGAAUAAAUAAUAGAAACUGUUGGGUAAUAAUAUAAUUUUCUCAUAUUGAAAGAGGCGUUUAUAUGGCGCGCAUGCGCUAAUUCGGCCUGAUACAAAUUAACGGGGAGGGCAAUACGUUUUGGACAGGGCUGUAAAAAGCUGAUUGGAACCCUUUCCCCACAAAAAUGUAAUAUAAGGAUAUAAGGAAUAAGUAAUAGUCUUUGGUUUAAUUUUUGCACUACCAAUUGCUACAACACCGUGCAAUAAGAAAACACAUGCGAGUAAAGUAUUUAUUCAUUUCUUCAUCAUUUUUGUUUUUGUUUAUAAAUAUUAUCAAAUGCGUAAAUGCGAGAUAUUAUUUGCCUCUAUUACUCUGCCGAUAUUAGUUGUGAUAGUUGCACCGUAGUGAGCAGAUUGACAUGUGACCAGCAGAUUCUAGUAGGUCACAAAGACUGGGCAAGGAUACUUUCCGCCGUGGUAUGAGACCCCACAUGAAGGAAUAGGUUUGUUCAAGUGCAUACGAAAAACGCGUACGCCAUUGCGGAUACCAAGUAACAAAUUUUCUUCACUCUUUCCUCUAUGCGAAAUGAAACCUUUCGUAUUGUGAUAUAAAGUUUUAAGAAUUAGCUUGGUUAUUGAUUCCAAAAGAAUUGAUUCGUAAACAACAAAUUUGUCUCGAAAUUAUAGCAGUGUGAAACUCAUCCCUGAAAUGAAAAGCCACAAAAGCGAACCAUAGAACAUUACAUGAUCAUUACAAAGUUUGAUAAUUACUCAAGGUACAUCCAUAACAAACAUUCCCUACGUUUCCUGAAAAAGACAAGCUUUCACAAUUCGAAAUUAGUUUGCCAAGAACCCUGAUAAAAACAACAGACAACUUCUGCAGCCAUCGAGUGGGAUUGGACUGGCACUCGAGCGUGCACAGCAGCGGAAGCUCCACUCGACUUUAGUCACAGUCGGUGUCAUUAGUGUAACAGUUAUUGUAGUGAAAAUAAUAUACAUAGCAGCAGAGAGAUAAACUGCUCCAGAUGGAUUAUAUAAAGGAGCUGGAUAUUCGACUCGACAAGGAAUACUACUAUUCCGGUGAAGUUAUCUCGGGAAAGGUGAUUAUUCACACAACCGAAAACUUCAAGUUGAAAUCUAUUCGCCUGCUGCUACGGGGAAAAGCUCAUGUGGAGUGGAAAGUGCUCGUAUCUGGAGAUAAACGGACGGUGAAGGACGACCAACUGUACAUCGACGAGAGGGCGGUAAUUUGGGGUGAACGGCCCAAUGAAGGACUAGAUGUCACUGUACCGGUACUCAUACGCGGUCAACAUCAGUUUCCGUUUCGUUUCAACAUCCCGGAAACGAACCUACCCUGCAGCUUUGAAUCACGUGCCUGCUAUAUACGGUAUUUUGUUAAGGUUACCAUUGACAUCCCGUACGCUUCACCACCACAAGGAAUAAAGUAUUUCACAAUUGUGGGACCACAUAUCGACUGUAUGGACGAGCAAUAUUUGAAGCCAAUAUCCGCUCAAGAUAAGAAAGUAAGAUGCUGUUUCUGUUGUGCCAAAGGACCCGUAACACUGAGCUGCUGCCUGGAUCGCACGGCAUUUUGCUGUGGCGAGACACUAAAACUCAAAACCAUCAUCGACAACCAGGGCGAGGAAAGCGUGAAGCUGAAAGCACGGUUGAUACAGUUUUGUGAGUUUUUCAUAGAAAGAGGAGUGCUUGGGGUGACGAAAGAGGUACAACAUUUAGUUCUCGAGUACAAGGGCGAGCCGGUUAUACCCAAAGACCACCAGGACACUUGUGCCAGCUUGCGGAUACCAACGGUGCCUACGACCCUGAUGGGUGUUAGUCGACUUGUGCAGAUUUACUAUACUCUUACGAUAUGCUUGGAAUUUGAACAUUCAGGAGAGGACCUACACAUCAAUUUCCCCAUAACAAUUGGCACGGUACCGUUCCGAAUACCGAACAGUAAUCUACAGCCCCAUAUCGGAUAUGAAGUUGCCAUCGAUCACGUGGAAGGUGGUAUCUAUAUCGGACCGGAGUUUCUCUUAGGUGAGGUGUACGAUGGUUGCAAUGUUAGUGACAACGAGCAUCGUGACCUUGCACCACUAUACCGUCCGGUGUAUUUGACAGUAAUUCGGAGCUCCCAACAGAUAUCAGCUCGAGCAGUCGGCCGUGCGAACCGCAAAAAAUCAUCCUGUGAUAUCGAAAUCGCUGAAAUACACCAAAAAUCAACAAGCUCACAUGGUUAACAAUUCAAGUACUUACCUUAUGUAAACCUAAAACCAGACAGAAAGUUCAGUUCCCCCACCCAUCGCCUGGUGAGAUAAGUCUCGUGCAUCCAAUAGCAAACACAUGAGCAAUAAACAGGUGAAACGUGUUCAACAACUCAAUGAGAAUAGUGUAAUAUGUUUCAUAUCGAACAGUUUCAUAGUUGAGCGCAAAACCGUUUUUUAUCACAACGAGCUUUAAAAGAUGUGCCAAAAUUCCUCGUACAGUAAUAUCAUGCUUUUUGACAGGUUUCUCUAAAAGGCACGGCUCAGAUAAAUAGUAUGUGGCUCUAGUGGGACUAACAUGCAAAAGAAACAAGAAGGCAAAAGAAAGAAUAGAUGCACUUAACAUUUUCAAAACCUUUACACCAUAACAACACAAAUUAGGCUCUUCAUAUACAAUAUUCCAGCAGAUCGACGUGUUUGAUAAACAUGGCUAGUAGUUUAGUACAUGCUUUUAGUUUUACUCAGAAUCUAUCUGAUAGUUUUAUUAGGUCGAUCUUCAGGUAUUUCGAUGUGCACGAAAUGAUCACUACAUUAGCUAAUUGGUACAAAGGUUAAGAAAACCACUUCGACUCUCAAAUUUUAGCAUAGGACGAUUUAAAAAAAAGAAACGCGCAAUAUAUAGCAAUUCGGAACUAAAACAUUCCGAAAGUUUCUUCCAAACCACCCAGUAAAACAUAUUACAUGCCAGGCAAGAGUGCCAAUCGAAAAACUGAGCAUUUAGUUUAAGGAUAAAAUGUAAACCAAGCUUACUUGUGUUGAUAAUUUGAGUAUUAAGUACAUUUCAUUUGGUACGUAUGUCAUAGAUCUAUAUGAAUUUUUUAUAUGCAGUGUAACCAGUUUAUCAAAGUGGCUUGAAUGAUUGAUUAUUCUUUUUAACCAAUAAUUUAUUUUCAAACGAAUGUUAAGCCUGACUUUUUGAAUGAAAUAUCAGUUUAGAUCAUUUUUUCACCAAUGUUUGAUGGAAAAUUGUUUACAUUUUAUGAAUGUAGAUUUUAAUUCCCUAAUAAAAAAAAGUUAGCUACACUGCUUCAAUACAUUUGUAUUCGAUCGCGUUACACAAAAUAAACAAAACUAAAUAUUUCCUGUUAAAAAAGUAGUUUUCCGGAAAAAUAAAUAGUUUUACAACAACCUUCCAUA